AUGCCCAAACCCGACAAACACGUCGCGGCCUCCCAAGCCGUCGACAUUCUCGAAGAAAUCUCAACCAUGCUAAACUGCCACAUGGACCGCCGCAUGUUGUCCACAUGCAUCUCAUUAAUCGAACAAGGCGUCCAUCCCGAAUCUCUCGUGCAAGUCAUCAAGGAGCUGCGUGAGAUUGCCGAUGACACGCGCCGGGAACAGCAAGAGGCCGCCGCCGCUAAUAAUCGGUGA